AUGUUACCCGAGGGAUGGCUCGCGACCGUCCCGGGAAAGGUGUUCCUCUGCGCGCACGUUGUCGUCCGCAACACCGACACCGAAGACUCGUUGCUCGUGGACGAGAACGACCUGUGGAACGAGCUUCAGAUGGUGUCCAACGCGGUGGGGUGGGAGAGGCGCGACCGCGGGUACGCGGAGGGCGAGACGUCGAGGUCCGCCGCGCGCGACGAGGCCCUCACCGCCAUCGCCGAGAUGGUCACCAGCGACGAGGAGGACAUGCCGGCGGUGCUGGAGUGGGACAGCGGAUCUUACGACGAGGGCGGAUCAUACGAGGACCUCACCGAGGAGGAACGGAGGAACCUGACCUGGUUUCAGCUCGCGGAGAGGCAGGCGGAGAUUGGGAAGAAAAAGGCGGAGGCUGCUGUGCCGGUGCGGGGGCAGGGCACUGGGAGGCGGUCGAUGCUGCCCAUCAUCGUGACCGAGCAGUGCAUCGAGGAGGGCGGCACCGUGGACGAGUGCAUCGAGGAGGCCUUCACGGAGGAGGAGGUUCUGCCCCCCGAGCUCAAGCCGAAAAAGCAGAAGAGGAACGGGGAGAGCCACGGCCACAGGGCGGAGAAAAAGCCGGAGAAGCGCGUUCGCAAGUACGCCGGCUUUGGCACCGACAGGUGGCAGCGUCAGCAGCGGGAUAAGCGCAAGAAGGAAGCGAGGCGCCAUCAGAUGGAGGAGAUAUCCGAGACCGUGGACGGCGCCAUCGGCGGCCCGCGCAUCGACCCCUCCACAGUCCCCGCGCAGUGGCAGCGGUGGGGCUCGCAGCUCGAGUCCUCGCGCAUCGUCGCCUUCGACGCGGGUGGCGGCGUGCGAUUUUACGCAAACUACCACCUCGACAACGAGGGCGGCAUGUCGUGUGUCCUGCUCGCGCCACGUGGCGCCUCCGUGGUCCGCGCGGCUCGGCAGCUCCAGCGCUUCUUCACCAUCGAGCAGUACCGCCUGAUCAUCCUGCAGCGCCUGCCCGGCGCCAAGAGCAUGUACCCGCGUCUGAGCAAGCUGGAGAACCAGUACGAGUCACUGUCGCAGAGCAUCCGGAGGAUGAACGAGGGUUCCGGGCCGAAGGGCGGCGUGGUGCAGCGCAUCGGUCGGCAGUGGCGCGGGGACAGGCGGCGGCAGACGCAGGAGUUCCUCGAGAAGAUCACCGAGCUGGAGCAGGCCACCGCGCAGGAGCUCGCGCGCGCGAAGAGCGAGGCGGCCACCUCCAGGGCCUACUCCGACAUCAUCGCCACUCGGUUCGAGGAGGCCGACUACAAGCCCCUGGGCGGCGAGGUGCGAUUUUUACCCCCCUUCGUGCGUAAGAGGCUGGACCCGGCCGUUUCCACCAUCUUCAGCGUCGCGGAGAGAGCGCAGAUUCUGAGCGACGCGCUCGAGCGCACCAACGCGCUGCUUCAGGCGACGGUGAACGUUCGCCUGCAGCUCAACUACGAGCGCCUGUCGCUUUACGCGCUGAUUUUCACGGUGAUUUCGGUCUUUGCGACUCUGGUCACUUCGGUGACCACGCCCGGUCCGAUGCAGGACAUCUUCCACUGGCUGAUGGCGAGGGUGGUGCGGCCGCUCAUGAAGCCGAUCGCCAUGGCGACGGCCAAGCUCGCGGGGUUGUGA